GUGAAGGUGAUACAACUCCUACUACAACCAACUUGGAUGAUACUGCCAUUCCUUGUGCCUCAACAAAACAUUUGAGAGUUGUAAAUGGAAUCCCAACACAAACUAACGAAGGAUGGGUGGUUAGUUUGACCUACAGGAAUAAGCACAUCUGUGGUGGCACUUUGAUAAAGGAAGAGUGGGUUCUUACAGCAAGGCAGUGUUUCCCUUCUCGGUACAAAGAUUUGAAAGACUACAAAGCUUGGCUUGGAGUCCAUAACAUCAAAGGAAAGGGAGAGGAGAAGCACAGACAAGUCCGGAAUAUCUCCCAGUUGGUAUAUGGCCCCACAGGGUCUGAUUUGGUCUUACUGAAACUCAGCAGACCUGCUAUAUUGACAAAUUUUGUAGAAAUAAUCCGCUUGCCCAUUUCUGGAUGUACCAUUCCAGAGAAGACCAGUUGCAGUGUUUAUGGAUGGGGAUACACUGGAUUAGUUAACUAUGAUGGUCUCCUCCGGGUAGCAAACUUGUUUAUUUUGGGCAAUGAAAAAUGCAACCAGUAUCUCAAAGGAAAGAUCACUGUGAAUGAGUCAGAAAUCUGUGCUGUGGCUGAAACCAUCGGUGCUGGUCCUUGUGAGCGAGAUUAUGGUGGUCCCUUGGUUUGUGAACAAAACAGGCUGAAGAUAGUGGUUGGUGUCAUUGUUCCUGGCCGUGGAUGUGCCAUUCGAAAUCGUCCUGGGAUUUUUGUUCGGGUCUCGUAUUAUUCCCGGUGGAUACACAAGAUCAUGAUGACCUACAGAAAACCCUGAAAAACUCAACAACUUCCAUUGAAAGAUUUUGGACAGCAUGGAAUUAACAUGUACAGAAAAGACCAACAAUUUUUUAACUACUUGAUAGUCAAGUUUGUUGAGCUUCUUUUAAUAUUUAUGGGUGUUUUUUUGGUGUUUUAUUUUUGUCUAUCAGUGUUGUUUUAUAAAUGUUGGAGUGACUUACAGUAUAUGCAAGUAUGGUGACAUAUCUCCUGAAGAUACUUGAAUGGGUAAACAAUUUUGCAAAGACAUUAUUACUGGAUGAUAAAUGGUUUUGUAGAAAUAGAUCAUAUGACCUCUGUUAUGCUGCUCUUCAGAUUAUCUUAGGAGAAACAAAUUAGAGUUUUAUUUAACACAUCUUUUCUUACUAUGAGCCAUAUAUUUCUCUUCAUGUAUGACAAAAGACCUACUGAGAGAUAUAUGCAUCUGUCAAGGACAGCAUAUAUGAUCAUAUUUCUCUUCCCCCCUUAUAAGAGGUCAAAGAUUUCAAUAUUUUAUAAAAAAUAAUCUCUUUAGUAAUUAAACUUUUCAUUACUGAUGGACUUUGACAAGCCUGCCAUAAGCAGAGUUCUCAUAGAAGUCACUACCACUUUCUUUUACACAGUGCUUAGAGACUCUAGUUCUGUGCUUGGUUCCUUUGGUGUAUAUGUGAUUCCCUAACAGAUAUCUAAAAAGCCUUUUUGGUUAU